CGUUUAGUCCUAUUUAAUGUCUUUAUGGAGACAAAACGUUAACAAUGAUCCAUAUUAGCAGUUUGAAUCCAACUAAAAGCUCCCUGCACCAAACUCCCUUUAAGAAAUAUCACAUUUUAACAAUUCCUAACGUGUUCGUAACAACACGUAACUCUAGAAACACGAGCUAAAGGCCGUCAUAUGUCCACAGUCUGACUGUAAUACAGGAUCAAUAUCAUCCCAUAAAGAUACAGUGUAUACUGAUCAAUAUCAUCCAUAAAGAUACAGUGUAUUCUGAUCAAUACAACCCAUAACCUAACCCUUUGUUCUCAUUGGGAGGAGACCGUGGUAAAGAGAGGCGGGCCGAAGAUUUCUCUCUAUAAUAAGUAAUAAUAAUAAGAGCUGGUUUGUGGAUUAGAAACACGCCCAUUGAACACCGACUCAUAACGCUGUUGAUUCACUGUUUGUUUUGUGUGUGUGGCGUUAUUUGAUGAGUUUUUUUCUGCCGUUACCAAAGUAAUUACACAGCUGGCUGCUUCCUGUCUGGUGCUGGAGAGAGACUGCUCUCAUUGGCUGUAGCUCGUUGCAUUGAUUCCCUUUACAUGACCAGAUAGUUAACCUGCUGGAUGUUUUUGGGGCAUCUGCGAGGCAUUGGUGUCGUUGAAACCGUGGUUAAAAUGUGUUAAAAACAUCUGAAGCUGUUUUUACCUGUCUCUUUCAGGUGACCCCCUUUGUUCAGUGCAUGUCAGUGACAGUUUCUGUCUUCUCCUUGGUCCUGAUUGCUCUGGAGCGCCACCAGCUGAUCCUCCAUCCCACCGGCUGGUCCCCCGCGGCGGGCCACUCCUACCUGGCUGUAGGGCUUACAUGGCUGGUUGCUUGCUUCAUCUCUCUGCCCUUCCUCUCCUUCAACAUCCUCACUAAUGACCCCUUUCAGAACAUCAGCCUGCCCGCCAACCCUUUCAGGGACCAUUUGAUCUGUAUGGAGCUGUGGCCGUCAGAUAAGCAUCGUCUUGCCUACACAACCUCGCUGCUGCUCUUCCAGUACUGCCUGCCACUCCUACUGGUGCUCCUCUGCUACCUCAGGAUCUUCCUACGCCUGAGACGACGCAGGGACAUGCUGGAGCGCAGCAGGAGGACUCGGGGAGCCCAGAGGAUUAACGUUAUGCUGUUAGCCAUUGUUGUAGCCUUCGCUCUGUGCUGGCUGCCGCUGAAUGUCUUCAACACACUGUUCGACUGGCACCACCAGGCCCUGCCCGACUGCCAGCACGACGCCAUCUUCUCCGCCUGCCACCUAACGGCGAUGGCCUCCACCUGCAUUAACCCCGUGGUGUACGGCUUCCUCAACAGCAACUUCCAGAGGGAGCUAAAGUUGACGCUGCAGCGCUGCCAGUGCGGUAACCGGGCGGCGGAGAGCUACGAGAGCUUCCCUCUCUCCACGGUGGGCAGCGAGGGCAUGACAAAAGCCACCUCCCUCAACAGGAUGGGAUCCGUGUGCGUUCCCUCGCCCCGACCUGAGAUCAGCUCAGCAAUACCAGCGAAAACAAUACCAGCUAACACCUAAUCAUGAGCACUACCAAACUGUUGGCUGGCAAAUGGCAGCUGGAGCAGUGUGUAACAGACAGAUCACAAACAGCUGUCUGAGACUUCUGAGCAAGUCUGCUUCAACUGUACUUCACUUCCAUGACUCACCUGCUGGAGUGAGACGCCGUGUUUCACUCAGCUGACUGUUCAGGGUCAGGACAGGAUGAGGGAGGAGGUCCGGACGCUGUAGCAUCACAUCUGGAAGUAAAAUGGGCUCUGUUGAGGGACACGUAGAGAAAGCAGAAGAGCUUGUAAAACCCCAUUCCCCAACUUCCAGAGUCACUGUUGCUAUGGCUGUCGACCUUUGUAUUUUACAAAUGACGGCAGAUUUACAGAAAUUCUUAGUAAUUUUUGAAACAAUAGAUCCAUGAUUUCAGACAUUACUACAGAAAAGCAGCUUCUUAUUUUUAGCCGGCAGCCAUCGAUUUUGAUAAAAACUGUGUUGAUAAAGUAUUAUACAGAAAAGAAUAGUGUUAUUAUUAAUCAGCUUCUAACAGCUUAAAGCUCUGAUAUAAUAUGGCCUGGCUCUGACACGGUGGAUGUCUGCAACCGAACUUAAUGUAGUUAGGUCAUUCUUGUUUUGCUUUGCCUUGGAGAUAAUCAGGUUACUAUGGCGAAUAGUUAUCUAGUUAACCGACAUGCUAACGUUUGCAGCUUACAUUAAAGCAGAUAAACACACUGUUUAAUUCAUUCCUUACAUUUUUGCUUGUGUAAUUUUGGUUUUUGGAAAAACAUAAACAGUCCAAACUCUUCAGACACAGAGCCGUAUACAAACCGGUUGCAGUUUGGGGAUGAAAUGAAGCGAGAGGUCAACUGUGAGCAGCAACUGACAACAACAACAUGUAAAAUGUAGAAGGAGUGAGACGACAAUGAACUCUAACAUUAUCAUAAGGAAUGAACUUAUGAACCUGAAUGUUGUCAACAGUUGGCUGACAUAAGUGUGUUUUCUAUGUAACUUUGCAAAGUGUAAAUGAUACAUCAUUAUGAUAGUGAACACUGUUGAUAAGCAUGCCUUAGUGAGCAUUUUAAAAGUGUGGUGGAGAUUAUCAGUGCUUGACUUAGAUACAGUGGAAGUAAAUGAGGCUGCUUAACAUUAGUGUAUUAUAUAACUCAUUUACUUUGAAGGUUUUCAUUACACUGAACAAGUGAUGGGCUUGCUAUAAUAAGCAUUUAGAAACUUGAAUGGAUUUUCACAGGUUAUAAAUAGAAUAAAGUCUUUGAGAGAUGUAGUUGUUAUCGAUGCCAAUCAGCCUUACUUUUUUCUGAAUGAGAUGAAACUUUGUAGGAAUGUUCUAAAUACUGAGGACUCAGCGCGUUUUGUAGCAGUUAUCAGACCGAACACGACGCUAUGAAUUUAAAAGUCACAGACGACACCCACCAAGAGUAAUCUUCAAGAUCCAAUAUCUAUUUUCCCCAACUCUCCUCCAGCAGUUUAUUUCCACCAAACCAGAGUUGGUGAUUGUUGGAAAGACGAACAGAGUUUGAAGUGUGUUUUACAAUUGCGAGGUAAAAUUACUGGUUUGGGCAAUGGAGUCUGGUGGGCUUCAUUGCUUUAGUGCGAUAUCUUGUCGCACCGGAUUUCUUAAAUAUAACUUUGCAAUUUUUGAACAUAUUUUUUUUUGUUUAAUCUAAGCUUUUCCAUUUCAGCUUUCAGCUUCAGUUAUAUUUAUUUUUCCAUCUUCCUUUACAGAAUUUUGAUUUAAUAACCUUCCAUAUUCUACUCGACAUUCAACAAUAUCCAAAUGUAGUUUCUAUACAGUUUACUUUUUCACUUUUUAUUUAACAAUUUAUUCUAAGUAGUCACGUAGAAUACAUUUUUAUUUUACAUUUUUUACUUUCCAUUAAAUUUUUUAGUUUUGGUUAAAACAAACUUGGAGGAAAAUCUUGGACAUUCAGUGCUAUCGGGGAUCUUUAACUUAUGUAACAGUGAGUUUUGAGCAUUUUUUUAUUUUUGCUGAAUUCUCUGUCAAGUUUGUCAGUUCAUUGUGUCAUUAAACAAAGUGUUUAAAAUG